GCCAAAUGCCUCAAACAUCAUAUGCAUUAAAAUUUGCAUGCUUCUUCCGGCGCUCACUGUAACUCAUCGUAGAUCAUGUCGACCCCAGCAGCUUUUGCAGACUCGCCAACGGCACAAUCCCAGCCUUCUCCUUAUACAUACUACCCACCGGGAACCUUUCCUGAUGUAUCUCAGACGCAGUCCUCUCAAACUGCUACUACGGCUCCAGGCUCAAGCUCCUCUACGGCCGCAACAACUCAACCACAAUCCCGUCAGGCAGCCGAGGAGGCCCGCAAGGAUCGUACCCUAGCUGAAUUCCUUGUUAUGCUUGAUGAUUAUGAACCCCUGAUUCCCAAUGAAGUAACAGACUACUAUCUCCAGAGGGUAGGAUUUGAAUGCGAAGAUGUGCGGCUAAAACGCCUGCUUUCCCUAGCCGCGCAGAAGUUCGUAUCCGAUAUUGCUGCCGAUGCCUACCAGCAUGCUCGUAUACGUACGAACGCCGUUGGUGGCCGCGCUCGGGGCCCCCUUACUGGACCAGGGUCAAAGGAUAAGACGAGGACCGCGCUAACCAUGGAUGACUUGAGUGCCGCGUUGGCCGAGUACGGCAUUAAUGCUAAAAAACCAGAAUUUUAUCUAUAGUAGCAAGCACAAUAAACCAAUGGCAAGUGAAAGGGGAAACACUAUGAACUAUCUGUCUCCUCCC